AUGGCAGCCCUCCUUGCCGCCGCCAGGCGCUUCAUCCAUCGAAAGCCGAGGUGGAUGUCGCUGUUCAGCUUCACAACAGCGAAACAUUACCCAGUGCUCAUAGGAGGAUUUACAUUUACUGCCGUCUCUAGUCUUUCGGUUCCCAUAUUCUCCGUAGUCUUGGGCGAGAUCUUCAACACGUUCACAUUAUUCGGAGGAGGAAAGAUUGCAAAACAGGACCUGACGCCACAGAUCAGCACAUUUGCCGUCCAGCUGGUUGGGCUAGGAGCAAUCAAUUGGGUCUGCAAUAGUGUCUAUUUCAUUCUAUUUGUGAUAUUCGGAGAAUUGCAGGUUGCCAAUGCUCGCACCAAGCUCUUCGAAAGGCUUUUACAGAAGAGUCAGGAGUGGUUCGAAACGCAGCCGGAUGGCACAAGGGUCUUUCUAUCUUCUCUCCAGGGACAGAUCGAUGAUCUACAGAAAGCAACAUCGCAGCCUCUCGGCCUCGCUUUGCAGUAUAUAUUUCGAGCCAUCUUCUCGCUAGCCCUAGCGUUUUUCACCUCCUGGAACCUUACUCUGGUCACUUUGGCGGGGAUCCCCUUCCUUUCAGCCGCUCUCUCCUUCCUCUCCAGCAAGACGAACUCGUGUAUGGAGACACAGAAGACAGAGCUGGGUCAUUUAUCGUUAAUAGUCGACAAUGCUACUUCAUCAAUUGACAGCGUCAAGUCUUUUAACGGGCAAGAUACAGAGAUGCGAAACUUCGUGAUCAGUGUCGACAACGCCGCUUUACAUUAUCUCAAACGCGCACGCUUCACCUCUCUACAAAUAUCCAUAUUGCGGCUGAUGACAUUCGGAAUGUUCGUCCAGGGCUUCUGGUAUGGGAGCUCCCUGGCUACAUCUGGAGAGCUCUCAGCAGGAGAAGUGCUCCGAACAUUCUGGGCUUGUUUAGCAGCUGCCCAGUCAAUGGAAUUCCUCAUGCCACAAAUUGUCGUCCUAGCGAAAGGAAAGGAUGCAGCCCUUUCCUUGGCCCACAUCCUGAGCUCUGAGUCGGAGGAUGCUGUUCGAGGGGAGGGGAGGGGUUCCAUUUAUCCGAAGUUUUGCGAAGGCGACAUCGAAGUCAGCAAUGUCUCCUUUGCUUAUCCAGCGCAACCGAACAGACCGGUCUUGAACACGACAAGUUUCUUCUUUCCCGCCGGCGAGACAAGCUUUGUUAUCGGUAGAAGCGGAUCUGGAAAGAGUACGCUUGGACAGCUACUCACACGCUUCUACUUACCGGUAUCUGGAGAUAUUCUGAUAGACGGCGUCCCCAUCCAGUCGUUGAGCAUCGACUGGGUAAGGAACAACAUUACUCUGCUAGAGCAGCGAAGUGUAUUAUUCAACGAGUCUAUUUUCAUGAAUGUCGCCUUUGGUAGCCGCAAUUAUGAAGGACUCAGCAAGGUGGACGUACGUGAAUGUAUCGAUCUUGCAAGGUUACAAAGCACAAUAGACGAUCUACCCAAAGGAAUCGACACUUGUGUGGGUCAUGGUGGUGAUUUCCUAAGUGGUGGUCAGAAGCAAAGGGUAGCGAUUGCAAGGGCACGGUUAAGGGAUACGCCUAUAUUGAUAAUGGAUGAGCCUACAAGUGCACUUGAUGCCACCAACCGCGUCGAGAUAACGAAAGCUAUCCGGGAAUGGCGUCGAGGGAAAACGACGAUCAUUAUCACGCAUGAUAUGUCGCAAAUAAUGGAUCAUGACUUUGCCUACAUCAUGGAUCAAGGUUCGGUUAUUCAAGCUGGCUACAGACAUGAACUGGAGGAGAGUAAUACGUGUUUUGCUACCUCGAAAAAGCUCUCCCGUGAUGAAAGCGAGCAUGCUGAUGCCCACAGUGCUUCUGAUCGAUGCUCCAGUGCUUCUUCAAAAUCUUCGAUCGAGAGUACACGCAGUCCAAGCCCUGAUUCAUUUUCUCGACACAACGAGCUUGCACAGCAUUCAUAUGCUAUUCACGGCUACAAAACAAGCUUACAGAGUAUUCGUCAAUCUGCAGACACUCAAAGGGUCGGACCACGUCGUGAGUCGAUUGGGAUGCAGAUGUUUGAGCUCAAUACUGUCCAUGUCAAUAAUACGAAUUUCCAGACCAACCGGUUUAGGCAGAGUAUACUUCCUGCGAAUGAUGUUGUCAAUGAGAUCAACAGGGCCAGGUCGAAGCACCGAAGCAAGCGGCUAUUGAAGAAUGCAGCACACCUCGCGCCGCAAGAACGCAUGUCGUUGGGACAGAUUAUGCUGACCAUACUUCCUAACUUGACUCGGGGUCAAAAACUGCUUCUUUUGCUUGGAUGUUUCAGCACCCUGGGCCACUCGAUGGCUACUCCGCUGUUUUCUUAUUGCCUGUCGAAGCUCCUCGAGACGUUCUACAACAAGCAAGCCAAGGCCUCGACAUGGUCACUAAUAGUUCUGGGAAUAGCCAUAGGUGACGGUGUUAUAUCGUUUCUGAUGCAUUAUCUUCUAGAGCUAUGUGGCCAGGCGUGGGUUGAUCGCCUCCGUAAAAGAGGCUUCCAUCAUAUUCUUGACCAGCCACGAAAAUGGUUUGAAGAAGCCGGAAAUGAACCUUCCCAACUCACCACGUCCCUCAACCACAGUGCUGAGGAGAUGCGAAAUCUGGUCGGUCAUUUCGGUGGCUAUGUCCUAGUGGCGACUUCAGUCACUGUGGUUGCUAUUAUAUGGUGCAUGGCUGUUUGUUGGAAACUGACCCUUGUGGCAGUGGCUUGCGGACCAGUCAUUUACGCCAUCACCAGAGGCCUCGAAAGGACAACCGGGAUAUGGGAAAGACGUUGUACCGGGGUCAGAACGACAGCGUCUGAGAUAUUCAUCGAGACGUUCUCGCAAAUCCGCACCGUCCGCACAUUGACACUUGAGCCUUACUUCCACAAGAAGCAUAUGAAGGCCUCAGCACUGUGUAUGGUUCUUGGAGUUAAGAAAGCUGUUUAUACUGGCUUUCUCUUUGGAUUAGUAGAGUGCAUGAUCAUUUUCGUCAGCAGCCUAAUCUUUUACUACGGAGCUGUUCUCGUAUCGUCGCUUGAGUUUACCGUCACCAGCCUCAUGACUGUAUUCUCUGUCCUUCUCUUCAGCAUUGGCUACGCGACCACAGUACUUUCAUGGAUCCCUCAGAUCAGCGUUUCCCAUAUAAUGGCAAACCAAGUCCUACGCCUCGCACACCUGCCACAAGGCGCAUCCCACGAACACCGCGGCAAUCUGAAGAUAACCACAGCUGCGCCAGUGAAGAUCAAGAACCUGAACUUCCGCUAUCCAUCCCGUCCUGACGCACACGUUCUGCGCGAUGUAUCCAUCAACAUACCCCGAAACCAAUGCACAGCAAUCGUAGGACGGUCAGGCUCAGGCAAAUCAACUAUAGCAUCACUGCUCCUCAGCCUAUACGAAGCCCCCACUUCCCAAGACAGGAUGCCCCCAAUAUCCCUCAACGGAAUCGACAUCCAACGUAUACACACACCAACCCUCCGCUCCCUAAUCUCCAUAGUCUCCCAACGACCAUCCAUCUUCCCCGGCACAGUCGCAGACAACAUCAGCUACGGUCUCGAAGACGACUCCCCUCUCCGCACAAUGUUCCACAUCCGCGCCGCAGCAGAAGCAGCCGGGAUCGACGAGUUCAUCACAUCCCUGCCAAAAGGCUAUUUCACCAUGAUAGGGGACGGCGGGACCGGCAUGUCCGGAGGACAAGCACAAAGGCUGGUAAUCGCACGGGCGCUCAUCCGACAGCCACAGCUUCUUAUCCUGGACGAAGCCACAUCUAGCCUCGAUCCCAACAACGCAAAGAUCAUUCGAAGGACCGUGCAGAGACUGGUCGCGACAAGGCUAGGCCUUACCGUCCUGAUCAUUACGCACGCAAGGGAUAUGAUGGAGAUUGCGGAUAAUAUAAUUGUGAUUGACAAGGGUCGCGUUGUGGAGGCGGGGAAGUAUAAGCUGCUUGCGAGACAGCAGGGUGGGAAAUUAAGGGCCUUGAUUGAGGAUCCGGACUCCGAUGCGGAUGAACCGGGUAUAUGA